AACAUUGCAAAUGCUGAAAAAGAAUCUAGAUUUUGUUGGAGUUGUUAUUCAUUGGAAGCGUUUCGGGGAUUCCGUUUGUUCAUAGCUGAUAUUCUUUUAUGUAUAAGUUAUGAUACGAUAUUCCAGUUAGUAAAUUAGGUGUGGUUAUUAACCUCUUAGAUUCAAGAUUAGGAGAGGGUGUGAUAUUGAAACAAAAUGACGACAAUAGCGUCUUCCCAUGGACCGACUGAGGUAAUAAAUGCCAGGAGAACAGAAUCAUUGGAUGCUCCAGCAAUUUUAGAUUUGGUUUCAAAUCACACAGUUGAACAGUUUGGUCAUGUUAAUGUUGUUCAUUUGAUUGAAAAAGCAAACCUUGCUGUUACAUUGAUAAAUGAAGAAAAUGAGGUUCUUGGAUUCGCUGGAUUCCUCGAUUAUCCUCCUCUUCCUCAAGAUGUUUGUGAUUCUGCAAAAUGGGAGGAAUGGAUGAAAGAUGCAAAAUAUCCUGUUAUUGAGAAAUGCACAGCAUUGAAUAGCUUGUUUCUUCAUUAUUUUGUGGCCAAGUCCGAUUACACAAUAGGAUGUGCGACUGAGAUUGUAAGAACUGUGUUCAAUGCAGUUCCAGAUCUUCAUUUUCUAUUCCUUGUGCUACGAAAUAAUGUCAAACCAGAACAAGCUCUCGGACAAAUAUUUCAUCAGAUAGAAGGAAAGGAUGGAGAACGUUUCAACCUGUAUGGAUGUUAUCGUCAUUCUCAUGUACCAGUUCUUCAUAUAAGAAGAGCUGUAGUUGAAGAUAAUGAUGAUUUGUUACCAAUAUUUCUAAGACUGAAUGAUAAUCUAACCCAGACAUAUGGUGAUCAUUUUCUUGCUGAAUUAAUAGAAGCACAAGAUGAAGAUAAUCAUGCAUUGGUUGCUGAAGUUGGUGGAAAAGCAAUUGGAUUUAUCAGCAUGUGUAGCCACGUUAACAUUGAUUUGCUGCAGAAAGAAUAUGAACUUGCAUCAUUUCAUGGACUAAGAAAACCUCAUCCUGAUGAUAAAUUGAAAGAUGAUUCUCCUCCAACACCUCCUCCUGAAGAACCAACAGUAACAGAAGCAGCAAAACCUGAAGAACAACCUGCAGAAGAAGAAAGCAGGACAGUACUGGAAAAAAGUUCAUCACAAGAAACUGAUGAUGCUGAGGAUGGCGAUGAUCCAACUGAAGAAGCACCUACACCUUCAUCUGGAAUUGAAAUUGUGGAACGACAACAAACACCAUUUGAAGAUGUUCCAACUCCUGUUCAAAAACCACCAUUUGAGCCUCAAUAUUUUGGAGAAUCGAACUGUUUUUCACUUCAGUUAUUUUGCAUUGAUGAAUUGUAUGAGAUGAGAUCUGCGGACUUCUUACCUCAAGUCUUCAAGUUGUUUCCUGGUAAAGAGUUUGCUGUUAUCACUGUCCCUCAUUUUGUUCAAGAAUUUCCUCUGUUGCAACAUUUUGUUCGAGUCACUCCAAAAAAUUCAAUGCUUGUCAGUCAAGAACUCUAUAUAUUUCAUAGAGGAGGUCUUCUUCAUGAUUUUGUUGUGAGACCUGUCGUAACAAAAGAUACAAAACAGAUUACAGAUCUUGUGACUGCAUUAUCAGCCAAUCAGGAUAUUUUAAAAGAUGUUGAGAUUUUCAAUUCAGCAAGACGAGAUGAUGAUGGCACAGAAGUUCAAGCUUUUGUAGCAGAAUGUUUGGGACAGAUAGUUGGUGUUGCCAUUGUUAGAAGAGAAGAAAACAUUGAAUACAUUCGAUCACAUUACAAUAUUGAAGAUUUUAUUUAUUUCAACCAUCAUAGAAGAGAUGAACAUGGUCACCUACAUCAUUUUAGUCUGAAUCCUGUUUUUCAGCAUUACACGAAACAAUUCUUCAAAGAAAUACUUCGACAAGGACACAAGUCUUGUCUGUUUUAUCCAGUUGAAAAAGAUUGUGAAGACAAUUCCAAGAAACAUUCACUUAUUACAGGCAUCAACUAUUUGGUACCUGUGCGAGCUAGACGUCAGAUUGUAUAUCCACUCGAUGAAUUGAACGAAAAUGCUCCUUCAGAAAGAAUAGUUGAUAACAUGCCUCCUUAUGCUCUCUAUCAUAUCAAUAGAAAAUUGACCCUUGAGCCAAAGGUUACAAUCAAUGCUCGCAUUAUUGUUGUUGGAGCAUCAAGUGUCGGAAUCUCAUUUCUUGAAACUUUGAGUUUUUGUCCCCACCUUCGAUUUAAUAAUUUAACGCUGAUAGCAAAGGAUGGACUUCCAGAUAAAAUUCAUUCUGCAGAUUAUAGUUACACUACAGAACAACUUGCUUGCAUGUCGCUUGCGACAUGGGUGAAUGUCAUACAAGGGAACAUGGUGGCCAUUGAUCGUUCACACAAGUAUGUUAUAUUAGAAGGUGGAGAGAAAGUUUCAUAUGAUUACUUGAUGUUAUGUACUGGACAACAGUAUCAGGUACCAAAACCAACCAAGGUUGACAUAGAAGAAGGUGCAACCAAUCACAUAAUAUCACCUCGUGCUAUUGAAUCACCUUAUCCAUACGAACCACCUGUCAAUGUCAUGACAAUAAAUAAAUCAAUGGAUGAAAAACAAAUGAUGAAAUGGAUAACCGGAGUGAAGGAAUUUCAAGGCAAAGUUGUCAUUUAUGGAAAUUCAUUGGAUGCAUAUUUCACUUUGCAAUCGUUACUUUCAUGUGGAGUUCCUGGGCAAAAUCUCGCUCUUAUUCAGCCACCUUCAUCUCAUAAAUUUAGUGAACCUGACACGUUUCAAGAACAUGAGCUUGUAAAAGCUGUGAUAAAAGCUAUUGAAGAUGCUGGGGUGGAGUAUCACAUAGAUUGUGUUUUUGCGGAUUGGCAAAUGAGUGAUGUUGCACCGAACAAAAUAUCAGAAGUUUCAUUCACCACUCCAACUAAACCUGUCAUCAUUGAGUGCCAUGCAUUCCUUUCUUUCUAUCCAAAAUGUAUCGACGCUUGGACAUUCAAGUCAGUAAAUGAUGCUUGUCUCGUUUUCGAUGGACGUCUCGUGAUUGAUACCAACUUUUGUACGAAUGAUCCUGUAAUUCGAGCAGCUGGUCCACUGACGAAAUACGCUCGACGUUACCAUGCUGAAGACUGGUCCAACCACGAUGGAUAUAAUUCAUGUGAAAUUGGAUUUCGUCUUGCAAUGUCUGUUUUACCACUUUUUGAUCCUACAUUGGAGUCAAUGAUUGAAGAAAAUGAUCCGAAUGAUCCAUACUCCAAACUGACUCCGAUUUUCAGUGAUUGCAAGGUGUUCCAUGGUUAUCUACCUGGUAAUUUUGAAUACCUUCACGUGAGAAAACCUGGAGCAACUCAAGCAUAUGAGUCUCAACUUGCAAAUCCAAACCACGGACAUGAGAUUGAAACAGGAAGCGUAAAAAAUGGAAAUUAUUUCAGAUUACAUAUCAACCAAAUGAACUGUGUGGAAACUAUUACUUGUGUUGUGAAAGCUGGUGAAGGCCUUCCUAUCCCCGUCUGGAACAUCACUCAACUGUACAACAUCCAUGAAAGAUAUUUGAACAAUCUUCUUGCAAGGGUAGAGGAAGGUCUGAUCGCAGAUUUGUUCGAGUUUUUCCGUGAACCUUGGUGCAUGGCGAUCUUCCACGACAGGUUCAGAGACCUCAGACAAGAGGUUCGGGAAUUACUCAGUAUGCCGCCAUCAGGUGGAGGAAGCUUAUCAUCACUCGAAGCUGAAGUCCAACAACUCGUUAAAGAAGAUCUAAAUAUUUCAUCAGAACAGAAAGCAAACUUACGAGAAUUCUAUCAAAGUAUCGGCUUGAAAAAAGCUGUCGAAAAUCGUCUUCUCAGCUUCUUGGGUUACAAUUACUACCAUCUGCCGAUGUAUGCGAAACCAGGCAUGGUGUGAUUAAUGUGUAUAAUGCUAAAUUGUAAAUAUUUUUAUAAAACAAUAUUUGUGUCAUGAAAUAUAUAGAUCUGUUUAAAAAAUGUGUUACUUUAAAGUUAAAAAAUUAGGUGUAGAUCUAAGUUUCUGGAACAAGUGUUGCUGUGAUUCAGUUUCGGUCC